AUGGGUGGCCGGUGCUCCAAGUUAACUCUCUGCUGUUACCACUCUCACCAUAAGCCUUCCGUCCUCGAGUCCUCCGAUCUCGAGGACGGGGUCAAAAAUGACGGGAGCCCAUGGCCGAGCUUUAAGGAGUUCAGCUUGGAGGAGUUGAAAUCCGCCACCGGCGGGUUUUCUUCCGACAACAUAGUGUCGGAGCACGGCGAGAAGGAUCCAAAUAUGGUUUACAAAGGGAAAUUGGAUGCCGACCGGUGGAUUGCUAUCAAGCGCUUCAAUAGAAUGGAUUGGCCCGAUUCUCGCCAGUUCGUUGUCAGUUCAUUGUUUCACUCUUUUCUAAUUUUGGGCUUUGCUUUGACUCUAAUCAGCAAGGGAAGGGGUUUGUACCAUGAUCUCAAUGCCUAUAGGGUCUUAUUUGAUAAGGAUGGGAAUCCAAGGCUAUCUUGCUUUGGGAUGAUGAAGAACAGGAGAGAUGGCAAGAGUUACAUCACUAAUCUCGCAUUCACCCCUCCUGAGUACUUGAUAACUGGCAGAGUGACUCCAGAGAGUGUAGUCUACAGUUUUGGUACACUUCUGUUGGAUCUACUUAGUGGCAAACAUAUUCCACCCAGCCAUGCCCUUGACUUGAUUCGCGGCAAGAACUACCUGAUGUUGAUGGAUUCAGCACUGGAAGAUCAUUUCUCAAAGGACGACGGUACUGAGUUGGUGAGAUUGGCUUCUCGUUGUUUACAGCUUGAAGCUCGAGAGAGGCCAAAUGCCAAGACACUUGUGGCUUCUCUGAUUCCACUUCAGAAAGAAACUGAGGUUCCUUCAUAUGUGCUUAUGGGGAUCCCACAUGAAGCAGUAGCAUCAGCAAGUAACCAGCCGCUGUCGCUAACCCCAUUUGGCGAGGCCUGCUUGCGAAUAGAUCUUACUGCUCUACAUGAACUGCUGGAGAAAGUUGGGUACAAGGAUGAUGAAGGAAUUGCCAAUGAGCUGUCUUUCCAGAUGUGGACAAAUCAAAUGCAAGAUACCUUGAACUCCAAGAAACAUGGAGACAUUGCCUUCCGAGCAAAGGAUUUCCCUACUGCCAUUGAUUACUACUCACAGUUCAUCGAUGGAGGAACCAUGGUAUCACCGACGGUGUAUGCUAGGCGGUGCCUGUCGUACUUGAUGAAUGAUAUGGCACAAGAAGGGCUUGGAGAUGCCAUGCAAGGUCAAGUUGUGUCCCCUGAGUGGCACAUUGCUUCUUACCUUCAAGCAGCAUGCCUCUUCAGCCUUGGAAUGGAGGGUGAUGCUCAGGAAGCUUUGAAAGAUGGCACCAACUUGGAAGCCAAAAGGAACAAAAAUUGA